UGCUGGGCUGCGGCCGCCCGGGGCCGGGACGUGGGCAUGCCCGGGCAGUCCUGCCUCAACUUGGACUCGGGACUCCGGGAGGCGGUCCACGCCUGGGCCGCCCAGCCACGUCCUCCCACCUCUGCGCUCAGUCUCCUGCCCCAGCUUCCGUUCCCUUGCAUCCCUGCCCUUUGGCUUCACUUAGCGACGCCUUGGCCCAACGUCCCCACCCCCUCCGGGGACCGAGGCCCGCGGGCUGUGAGGCUGGCGGCGCGCCGCGGUGCGGGCGGAACCGCGGGGCAGCAGCGCCUCCUGCAGGUGCCUGGCGCCUCCGCAGCCGCCGUGCAGCGCGGUCUCUUAAGGUGGAACCAGCUUGGUUCCCCACCCGCGCUUUCGGCUCUUCCGCCACCGUGAUUCCACCCGCUCCAAGUCUCCCUCGCGAAGCCGGCCUGACUGUCCAGAACUGUCGGAGUGUGUUGGUCCCGGCUGCUAUUUCCUUGAGGCCUUGGCUCCAUUACCUGCAGCACCUCGUCUGAGGAAGCCCGGGUAUCGAUUUGGAGAAUCACAAUUGGUACUUCUCCGCAGGUAUAAACGGAUGCGUUAAGUUACGCUUCAGGGCGGAAAGAUCAAAACAGCGUUUCUUUAACCUCAAAGCAAACUUUUAUUUUCGUUUAUUAAAACCAGAAGCCUAGCACGAAAGGAUCGGCGAGAGUAGACCUGACCAGGGGUCUUUCGGAUCUAAGUAUUCAGAAUGAGACUGGCGGGUCAGAGGAUCACAAGCGGCGCUCACACCCCGCAAACUCGUGGGCAGCCGCGGGCGCGACAGGCCGUGGAGGAACUGUAGGACUGCAGGGAACCCCUCCUCGCGCGUCUCCAGCGCCCCCCGUUUUCAGCCCACCCUUUGUUUAGUGAAAAGAGGGAACGCGGAGAGGCUGGAAGAGCAGUGUUUGUUUCUUUCCUUCUUUCUUUUUAACUAAAUGUGCGUGUGCCUGUGAA